UGUGCCGAGCUACUUUCUCCUCCUCGCUAAGCAGGCCAGAUCCUUGUACACUCAAGGCUCAAGAGCAUCAUCCACAAUUAGCGCCAUUGGAGCCAAGGAGCCAAGUUGCAACCAAUGGAACAUGUUGAUGCCAGUGCGGGAGUACAACAAGCACAUAGCAAAAAUACCAAAUUGCAAGAUGAGGCAACGGUCAGUGCUUAGACCAGGAUUCGUCUGGAUGUGCACACUUCCGCUCCUGAUUCUGCUGCUGCUCGGUGUUGCCCAGGCUCUGGAUCCGGCGGCCAGUGGAGCCAGUGGGAGUUCAGGAAACAUCGGCGGAGGAGGAGGAGGAGGUGGUGGUGGUGGCGCCGCUUCAACUGCCGGCGGAAAUGGCGGUGCAAGUGGUGGCAGCCUGAGCAGUGGUGGCCCACCCACACUCAUUGCCAAUCUCACGGAACAGGGUAGUCCCGGUGUGUAUAACAAUCGACAAUGGGUUAUAAUGCUAAUUACAUGUAUAUAUAAUAUACAUAUAUAUGUCAUUUAUGUGGCCAUUGUAGGUGACCUUUGUAACUUUUAUAACCCCCAUAACGAAAACGAUGCCGCCAUUUUGGCAUUUUGUAAGCAGGUUUAUGCCAGGAAAAUAUAAAGAAAACGUAUUACCAUACAUAUUUCAUAAAUCUAUAUAAUAUUUCUCUAAAGUUUAAAAUUAAACAGCUUUAGAGGGAAUAAGACUCACAUUAAAUCGAAGCUUCUGCCAAUUUUUCCUUUAAAUACUUCUUUGAUGCUGCAAAUUAA